UCAUGCUAGUUUAAAAACAGUGUUACAGGUGACAAUACAAAGUGCUAUUAAAUAUUAAAAAAUGUUUUCGUCACAUUAGGCCCUUUGUCUUUCUAUUCCAUAAGCAUAAGAACGUUUUCAGGAACACUUCGGUGUCAUUCAAAGGUCAAGAGUGAGCAGUCUUACCUUACACGCUGCUGCCCUCAUGUGGACACUUUAGGAACUGUCCAAGUCGUCGACGCUACAUUUUUUUCUUCUUCCACUUUUUUGAAGUUGAUUGGGGGAAGAAGAAGAAAAAAAAAAGUGCAGAGACACAAGAGGGGAGGACGAGGCUCUCAGCAUCAGAACUCAGCUUGGGAGCCCCCCCCGGUCGGUGCUCGUGCGCGCAGCCCCCAAAGCAGGACGAGGACCGCAACAGACUAAAAGGAUGCAACAGUUGCUGCAGGACCUCAGCAGGAUGCCCCCCCAAUUAGCGAGUACCGCUCUUCAUUAACGAGCUGGAAUGGAUCCGAGGACUCGCCUGGGGGUGAUCGGCGCACCGUGAGCAUGCAUCGCGUCGUGCACAGGAGGCGCAGGCUGCGGGCUCUGUGGGCUUCUCUGGCCCUGCUGGCUCUUUCCGUAGCCGCCUGCAGCGCGCUCUUCACGGCGUGGACCUGGCGCCAGACUCGGGACCUGUCCCAGUCAUUCCACAUCCUCCAGGACCGCCUGGAGCAGGUCAACAGGCAGAGGAAGGCCAUUGUGCAGCUCAUUAUGGAGAAGAGAGAGCUGCUGGUUGGACAAAGAGUCAAGCGAGACGGGGGGACGCUGCGCGGGAAGAAUGGAAACGGGAAGAAAGCGGCGUCUCAUUUCGAGAUCACUAAAGUCUCCUCUCAGCAAGUGGGCGAAGGAGGCGUGAUAAAAGGCUGGGAGGAAAGAGUGCUGAAUAUGAGCAAAGCAGUGAGGUACAACAAGGAGGAGGGCACGUUCACUGUGGAGAAAGCAGGAGUCUACUUCCUGUUCUGUCAGGUUCUGUUCAAUGAGCAGGAGUCUCAGUACGUCAAGCUGGACGUGGUGACCAGCGGUGGGAGACCUCAGAAGUUGCAAUGCAUGGAAGGUUACGGCACCACCCCCUCGGCCGGACCGCACCCCUCCCAUUUCCUGAAGCCGUGCCAGGUAUCAGGCCUCCUGCGUUUGGACAAAGGCACGGAGCUCCACGCCAUGACAGGUCCGUCCUUCCGACUGCACACGGUGGGCAACCCGUCAGCUUCUCCUCACGUCUUCAGCAUCUUCAAAGUCAACUGAGACGAGACGGACGCUAGCUUGCGGGCGACGUUCGUUUGCUUUUCCACAGAGGAGAAUUCCCGGUGGCGUGGUGGUUGUGGCAUGGCAUCCUCCCGCCGCCUCUUCCCGAAGACGCUCAUUUGAAAGACAAACCUGACAUUUGUGGAAGUUGUUGUGGACUCUGGAACGCGCUCGUGUUUUGGAAAGGCCGCGCACAGACGCUGGGACUGCAAGCGAGCGCUCCGGCCGAGGGAACAGAUGGGAUGGAAGCUGCUCUUCCUGGGGAUUUCUAUCUUCGCCGUAUCCUGUCAUAAAUCGUUCUUCUUCUUCUUCAUGCAGCCAACAGACAAGCUGUGCUUGUACCUUCAUACAUGACAAGAACAUUUUUUUUUAACACCACAUCUCUUUCUAUUUGUUACCUUUUGUCGUAUUUUAUCCAUCACAGCGUGAAGAAGCAACAAUGACCGACGACCAAUACCACUUUUACCUAAUCACUCUAUUUAGCAUCAUUUAGCCACACUAGGGAUGUGUUAUGCAAUGCAGCACAACGGGCCACAAUAAAAUGGAAAAAGUCAAUAAAAAUAUAGAAUUUUGGGAAUCGAAUCACAUGGCAACGCUUGCAUGUAGAAAAUGACCAAAAAAGGCUCGCAACAUUCCAGCGCCUUCUGCCAACAUUAAGCCUGUAGCGACACAGCAGCCUCGUAUGCUUGAUGCUAAACAAUGACUCAGCAUUCUGCACUUUCCCAAUGUCAAAAGCUGGCAACGCUAAUCGACAAAAACAGACGUCUACACAAUGCAAGCAUCUAAUGAAAGUGGCACAUCUCGUGUAAUAUCGUGUCUCUCUUCUUGCACAAAACAAACGCUGUUAUUUCGAGCUGUGGUUUUGUGUACUCCCACUCUUGUUUAUAAGUAGUUUUUGUGGUUUGUGGCCCUCAGCACUUUAACUGCAGCAGACCGAGUGCUUUUAUGAACCAGCGUCCAAUGGAACACACUUUGAUUUCCUCAUCGGACACACAGAAUGCAUAUUUCCCCCAUCAGCACUGAUUGGACAACACACACACACACACACAGAUAGACACACACUAAAGCAGCAUUUUCGCUUCCUCAAGCUGAAGUACACAAAACAUUGACACACACACACACUUCCUGGCUCUAAUUCCUAUUUUUAUAAAUGUCAAAGUUUAUACAACACACUUUUUGAAACUGUUUUUGAUGCCAAAUAAACAUUUUGUUUUUUUUUGAAAGACUGGUUGGGUACCUUUUGUGCUUUAAAGAUGCUAAAAUUCAUUCAUUUUCUACCGCUUUUCCUCAAGAGGGUCGCGGGGGGUGCUGGUGCAGGGGUACACCCUGGACUGGUCGCCAGCCAAUCACAGGGCACAUAUAGACAAACAACCAUUCACACUCACAUUCAUACCUAUGGACAAUUUGGAGUCGCCGAUUAACCUAGCAUGUUUUUUUGGAAUGUGGGAGGAAACCGGAGUACCCGGAGAAAACCCACGUAUGCACGGGGAGAACAUGCAAACUCCACACAUAGGGUGGAAUUGAACCCUGGUCUCCUAGAUGUGAGGUCUGCGCGCUAACCAUUCGACCGCCGUGCCACAAAACCAAUCCAUUCAUUCAUUCAUUUUCUACCGCUUUUCCUCACGAGGGUCACAGGGGUGCUGGAGCCUAUCCCAGCUGUCUUUGGGCAAGAGGCGGGGUACACCCUGGACUGGUCGCCAGCCAAUCACAGGGCACAUAUAGACAAACAACCAUUCACACUCACAUUCAUACCUAUGGACAAUUUGGAGUCACCAAUUAACCUAGCAUGUUUUUUUGGAAUGUGGGAGGAAACCGGAGUACCCGGAGAAAACCCACGCAUGCACAGGGAGAACAUGCAAACUCCACACAGAGAUGAACGAGGAUGGAAUUGAACCCUGGUCUCCUGGCUAUGAGGUCUGCGCGCUAAUUACUCGACCGCCGUGCCGCCCUGUAGGGUUUUUUCUAAAAAAUUCAUUCAUUCAUUUUCUACCGCUUUUUCCUCACGAGAGUUACAGGUGGUGCUGGAGCCUAUCCCAGCUGUCUUGCCAAUCACAGGGCACAUAUAGACAAACAACCAUUCACACUCACAUUCAUACCUAUGGACAAUUUGGAGUCGCCGAUUAACCUAGCAUGUUUUUGGAAUGUGGGAGGGAGAAAACCCACGCAUGCACAGGGAGAACAUAUAAACUCCACACAGAGGGUAGAAUUGAACCCUGGUCUCCUAGCUGUGAGGUCUGCGCGCUAACCACUCGACCACCGUGCCACAAAAACAAUCCAAUGUAAGGAAAUAUAUGUUAGCGAUAUGAACAAAACAUCCUCAUUUUGGAUUUGUGUUUUAGGCGACAAAGCAAAUUAGUGUAAUAUUGAAGGUAUUACUAUGUACUAUGUACUAUGUACUAUGGCUUCACAAAGCAAAAUACUGAAGAAUGUGAAGGAAAAAGCAUAAACGGAAAUGUUUUUUUUGUAUUUAUUCCAUUUGUCUUUUUAAAGGCUCGACAAGUGCUUGUUUCUUUUCCUCAAUUUUCCUUUUAUUGCCCCUGAAGAGCAUCAAAUCAAAAAUAUCAUGGACGCCUCGGUGAACUUUUGAAGCACGAAGACGAGAACGAACGGGCCAGAAAUGUCAAUGAAAAGCUGGACGGAAGAGUCCAUUUAUUUUGUGUGGAGUUUUAAAGGGGCCUGAUGUCAACUCCAGAAAGUUCCACCAGGAAUCCUGAAGACUGAUUUUUAUGUAACCACUUAAGUUUUCCACUUCAGAUCACAUUCCUGUUCCUAUAUAAACGACUUCAUUAUCCAUCACCCAUCCAUCAAUUUUCUUCCAUUUAUCCAGGGUCAAGUCGUCUCAGGUGGGAACCCUAGACUUUCCGAUCUCUGUAUAAUCCCUCCAACCUAUCCGAGGUCUAGGUUGUGUCCCCACACAAUACCUCACCAAGGAGGUGUCUGAAAGGCUUCCGGACCGGAUGCCAGAGCCUACUUAACUGAUGGAUCGCUCCAGGAUUAACAAGAUCCGUUCAGCCACCCUGCGAAGGGAACUGGUUGGAUCCAAGAUCUUGUUCUUUCAGUCACCCAAAAAACAAAACUUAUGAUCAUCGGUGAGGGUAGAAACCUGAACCAGUACAACGACGGCAUUAGUCCAGAUCCAGCCUUCCCUCCCAAGACACCAAAGAUUUACUCCAAAGAACCACGGCCUCAGAUUUGGAGGUGGUUGGAGUCUCAUCUCAACUCAAAGUACCAUUGCAACGGUGUAGUGCUGGUCCAGUUUUCCACAACCAGAACAAAAAAACACAUUGCGCUUCCUGUAGCCAAAGUUCCACUAACAGUCGUAACCUGAAAUAGAUUACUCCUUCAUGGUCACCACAACUACGUUUUCCUGAUUUGGGGAACGCCACAAAACGCAACACCAAACAGUCAUAUGUCUAAUUGUGUCCCACAAUUUGUUUUUAUCAUGGAUAGUUAAAUUUUUUUUUUUUUAAAUGAACUUUACGAUCAUUCCCUUUGUCGACAUUUGAACGAGUUUCAUUUCAUUGGGUUUUAUUACAAACAAACAAAGAAAAUGUAAAUACUUUCAUUGGCGACCAACAUGUGGACAUUUUUUUUUAAAAAACAACAACAAAAUAAGAAAGCAAA